UAUCCUUUAAUGACUGAUUAACAUUGCAAAAUGUAAAACAAUAUAACAGAAAUUGAUAUAUAUCUUUUGUACAAUAUUACGGAUGUACAAAAAUAUCUUGCAUGAUGAAUUUUGAAGGCAACAAAUAUAUUGUUUUGAUCACAUUUUAUCACAUACAGUAUCACAAGUCCAUCCACGUAUAUGCAUGCAUACACUUAUACAAUAUCGCAUAAUCCCAUGAAAAUAAGAGAGCACGAUCUUUCCUGAUCACUUGCUUCGCGAAAGUAUCUCCGCAAAAACCAUAGUCUGCGUGCUCAUAAUUCAUGAGUAAAAAAAAGCGUACCAAGAAAUAAAAGGAAGCAACGAACCCUCUUACGGAAGUCACUACUGCUACAAAGUUUACCCUUCAUAUCCUGUAACGAUCGUUUGACCGCUUCUUUCCACGUAGAGAAGUAACCGCGGGGUGGUAACAGGAAAAUAGCAAUUACGGCGCAGCCGCGAUGUAUGACUUUCCAUGUUCGAACUUGAACGCAACCACGUCAGUAGUCGAUAAGCUUUUGCGCGCGUCUAAGAUGCAGGAAGGGUCUAUGAAAUCGAGCGACCCAGACAUCGUGGUUGCAACUGUCCACGAUUACAAGAAGGAUAUGCAACUGAGCAUCCAGCUGAAUCGCUGGAUAAUGAAGCCGAUCGGCGUUUGGCCACGAUCAAUUGAGAGUUCGUGGGCAGAAAAAUCCUCCUAUAUAUUGGUAAAUGUAAUCUGCAUGAGCUUAAUCGGUUUCCUUUUCAUCCCUUGCGUUAUAUAUCUCGUGUUGGAGGUUGAAGAUAAUUAUGAUAAGCUGAGACUGUCCGGACCGGUGAACUUCUGCAUUAUGGUCGUCUUCAAGUACUUCUCACUCAUCGGCCGCGAGAACGAUAUCCGCAGAGGUUUCAAGCACAUCGAGAACGAUUGGAUGAACACGCAGUAUUACAGUGAUCGAAACAUCAUGAUCAGGAACGCCAAGUUUGGCCGUCGUCUCGUCGUGAUUUGCGCUUUGUUCAUGUACGGCGGCGCCAUGUUCUAUUACGUUGCCAUGCCGUUCAGUCAUAGCAAGAUUACGGAACCUGGCAGCAACUUGACGUAUCGGCCACUCGUGUAUCCAGUCGCCAGAUUGAUCGUCGACGCGCGAUACAGCCCUGUCAGCGAGAUCUUCUUCUGGUUACAGUGCGUUUCAGGAUUCGUCGCGCAUUCCGUCAUGACCGUUGCUUGCAGCCUAGCAGCGGUUUUCGUGAUGCACGCUUGUGGCCGCAUGAAGAUUCUCAUUAAAUGGAUCGAACAUUUGGUGGACGGUCGAGAAGACUUCUGCAGUGACGUGGACGAGAGACUAGCGAUGAUCGUGCAGCAUCACGUUCGAGUCUUACGUUUCGUAUCUCUAACGGACAGGAUACUGCGCGAAAUAUCUAUUGUGGAAAUUGUAGGAUGUACGUCAAACAUGUGUUUUCUUGGCUAUUAUGUUAUCACGGAAUGGGAAACGGGUGAACUCACGAAUUACGUGACGUAUACUAUUAUUCUCAUAUCAUUGAUCUUCAAUAUUUUCAUAUUUUGCUACAUUGGCGAACUUAUUGCCGAACAGUGUAAAAAGAUCGGCGAGGUGUCGUACAUGAUCGAGUGGCAUCGGUUACCAAAAAAGAAAGGUCUCGCCCUUGUGUUGAUGAUCGUCAUGUCUAAUUCGUCCAUCAAACUUACCGCUGGAAAUGUUUUCGAGCUAUCACUUAGUACCUUCGGUAACGUAAUUAAAACAUGUGUUGCCUACGUAAACAUGUUACGCACAUUAACUUCGUAAAAUUUUCGCGAAACAUGUAAAUUAUAGGAUAAAUCGAUACAAGGAUUAAUUGCUAGUAAAUGUCAAUUAAUUAUCUGACCUCAUAUCGAUAUGAUAAGAAGAGGAACGAGAAAUACGAUGGAACUAGUAAAGAUUGAAUAAACGGAAGAAAUUUAAUGUUUAUACAAAGAAA